AUCAUAGAUCACACAGCUCUUGCAUUAGAUCAUUCACCUUCUAAACAUGCUAUAAACCAUCUCCGGCGACACUUGGCAACUAAAUGUACAUGGAUGCAGCGUCUUUUAUCUAACAUCGCCUGUUACCAGACACUACAUCAAAACAUGAAUACCUCAGAGUGGCCCACACUUUCUCCAAACGCCUCUUUGAAUCACACAAACCACAGCGAUGAGUCAAGCAGGUCCAAGUCAAGUACUUCAUCCGCCUGUGAGCAGGUGCACAUUGCACCUGAGGUCUUCCUCACAUUGGGGCUCAUCAGCCUGCUUGAAAACAUCCUGGUCAUCCUUGCCAUCGUGAAGAACAAGAACCUCCACUCACCCAUGUAUUUCUUCGUCUGCAGCCUAGCAGUGGCCGACAUGUUAGUUAGCGUUUCCAACGCAUGGGAGACAAUAGUCAUCCACUUGCUGGCGAACAGGAGUUUGGUGAUUGAGGAUCACCUCAUCCGUCAGAUGGACAACAUAUUUGAUUCUCUAAUCUGUAUUUCUGUGGUGGCGUCUAUGUUGAGCCUGUUAGUGAUCGCGGUGGAUCGCUACGUGACUAUCUUCUAUGCUCUGCGUUACCAUAAUAUAAUGACCGUACGGCGAGCUAAGAUUCUCAUCGCCAGCAUCUGGACCUUCUCCACAAGUUGUGGGAUCAUCUUCAUCAUGUACUCCGACACUAAGCCUGUGGUUGUGUGCCUGGUGGCUAUGUUCUUUGCCAUGCUGCUGAUGAUGGCCUCACUCUACAGCCACAUGUUCCUGCUGGCCCGCUCGCAUGUCAAACGCAUGGCGGCAUUGCCGGGCUAUAAAGCCAACAUCAGGCAAAGAGCUAGCAUGAAGGGUGCCGUCACCCUUACCAUACUACUGGGAAUCUUCAUCGUGUGCUGGGCACCAUUUUUUCUCCAUCUCAUCCUCAUGAUCUCCUGCCCACGGGACAUUUACUGCAUCUGCUUCAUGUCACACUUUAACAUGUACUUGAUACUCAUCAUGUGUAACUCGGUGAUUGACCCACUGAUCUAUGCGUUAAGGAGCCAAGAGAUGAGAAAGACCUUUAAAGAGAUCCUCUGCUUUGAUGGACUACGCAGCUUCUGCAACCUGGUCAGCAAAUAUUGAACCUGACGGGAUGGACUGAUGGAUGAAUGGAUUUAUAGAUAGAUGGAUUGGUGGAUAAUUGCAACGGGGAGGGGAAGUGAAGCCUGAUCAUCUUCAUUAGGGACAGUACACAUUUGUACACAUUUUUCUUGGUCAUCUUACAUCAUGUGAAAUGUUUUGAUGUUACUGUGGAAGUUUCAUGUCGUGUUGUUGUAAAAUAUUGAAUUAAGAAGUUCAAAAUGUGCCUUUCUGUUAUAUAGUGUAUUUAUAGGAGUUACAUUGUCCUCAGCAGGGGACUGUCGUCAGGUCAGUGCAGUGAUGUUUUGUGCAAAAAGGCUAGAAUAUUAAUAUGCAGAGUAGAAAUGUGCUUGUUUUUAGAUUUAGACUUCAUAUAAAAUCAUAGUAAAUGAAAACAUAACCCCCGGUUUUAAGACUAACAUGCAUUACUGAGCUUUUUUAACUGAAAGCAACUUGCACUGACUUAUCUUAAAAUAUGUCAAUGUCAUUGUAUUGUCUCAAAAUGCACACCAGUAAUGUUUUUUUGUUUGUUUGUUUUUUUUCUAAGGCAUGUUUAUAAAAGCUAUUUAAAUGCCCUAUAGUUAAAUUAUUAUUGGACUAGGGCUUAAUCCUUAGUUCAUAGGAAGCAAAUGAAAAAUGAAAAUUCUGUUAUUAAUUACUCCCCUUCAUGUCAUUCCAACCCCGUAUAAGGCCUUUGUUCAUCACAAAUGAAUCGGAACACAAAUGAAUCCUGGCUUAAUCUAAGACCUGCCAGUGAAACCAGGCCAAUAAUGCAAAUAAAACAUGUCUGUUUUAGAAGUACUUAAUCAUAAAAUGUUGAGAAUAUUUUUGUAGUAUAUGGCAAACCAUAAACAUCUAUCAAUAAAUGAAUCCACCUCAAUAUUAUAAAUUAAAUCUAUACAUGUUCAAAAUAUUUGUGCUACACUUCAUUUCUUAUUUAGAGCAGAGAGAAAACACUGUUUAUAAGAGUAAAUUAACUGAAAAGAUAUUUUUUGUUUGUUUGUUUUUUUGUCAUGUAAGCUAAAAAUUAUUUUCUCGAGUUAAAAAUCACAAAUAAAAAUACAGCAUUUUAUUACCUUUGAAUUGUUUCAGAAAAAAAUCUUAAGUUCAAAAAAGCAUGAAAACUCCAUUUAAAAUAGUGUGUUAUGCAAAUGCUCUGUAGAUUAUGUAAUUUAUGCAUGUAAAUGGUGGACAUAUUUUCUUCUGAUCUUCUGAUUGAACAAUAUGAACAAUAUCUUCUGAUUUUGUUAAUUUUACUGCAGAAGAAAAAAUGCUGGUAUUCUUCUUAACAAUAUAUGUAGAUUUGAACUUACAGUAUGUGUUAAGUAUUAUGAUUUCUAAGCAAUGAUAUCUGAUAAAUGACAUAAUGAGCCACUGUGUUUGUGAACAAAUAUGAGAUUUUUCAGUAUUAAACACUUAAAAGAUUUGUUUACACUUUACAAUACUGUUCAAUUCAUUCACAUUAAAAUUAACUAAAAAUUUAUUUUAAAAAAAAUCAGAAUUUACUAAAUAUAGAUUCUAUAUUCUAUAAUAAUACAUUUUAACAUUGCAACUUCAAUUACACAUUUACACAGAUUAUGUGGACAAGCAUAAAUUAUGAACAAUUUAAUAAACAAUUAACAAAUUCAACUCAAUUGUUGUUAUAGUUCAUGAUACCUAAUGCAUUACCUCAUGUUAAUUGAUUAAAACUUGUUGUGUAGUUUGUUUUACAUAAAUGUUGUUGUGAUCUUUUAAUACCUGUGAAUUGAAUUUCUUCUACUUUUUCCUUCAGUAGUGUGAAACGGAGAGUAGUUUACACAUGUUUUUUAUCCGAAUGAAGUGAUAUCGAAUAAAAAAUGCCUUGUGGAAACAGUACAAUUCGAUUGAAUUUCAUGAAUAUCGACUGAAAUGAAAUACUUUGGGUCUCAUCAGAUUUUAUCUUGAUCAAUAUACGGCUUAUGCGAUAAACGCUGAUGGAAAGGUAAUCUGCCGAAUAAUUGAUGAAUUUAAUAAUGCAGG